CGAUAACGAGUGCGGGUCAGGCUUCAUCUGCCAAGGUCAGAAGUGCGUUCAGCGGACUCCCUCCUACUCAGGUGCGACAGGUGCUUCUUCUCAUCGCGGAUCCUCUGGUAGUGGCAGCAACAGAAACACCGCCAGCGUUAGCGCGGACCCGUGCAGCCUGGGUCUGUGCGGCACCAACGCCAACUGCAACAACGUGAACGGCCGCGCGGUCUGCUCGUGCCCCGACGGUUACGAGGGCAACCCGCUGACCGCUUGUACCCGGGGAGAGUGCUCGCAGGACAGCGAGUGCCCGCCGGGGUUGGCCUGUGUGGGCGUGUCCUGCGUGGACCCGUGCUCUCGGAACGUCUGCGGCUCCGCUGCCGACUGCCAGGUGGUCAACCACCGGGCCAUCUGCAGCUGCCCGGUGGGCUACGUCGGGGAUCCCUUCGUCAGCUGCCGGUACAGAUCCGCUGGCGCCGACCAGACCGCCGGAGGAGGAGGGGUGGCGCGCACCGGCGGACACUCGACCGGUAGCAGGGUCGUGGUCGAUCGGGGCACGCGCUACCAGGACGCCUGCUCGCCUUCGCCGUGCGGCACGAACACCAACUGCAAGGUGCGCGGAGGCAGAGCCAUCUGCAGCUGUAUCGCCAACUACAUCGGCGACCCGCUCACCGGCUGCCGGGCCGAGUGCGUCUCAGACGCCGAGUGCGCGUCCCGGCAGGCCUGCGUCCAGAAUCGGUGCCGUAACGCGUGCACGGGCGCUUGCGGCACGGGCGCUCAAUGCGACGCAGUCAACCACCGGGCCAUUUGCAAGUGCCCGAAGUACUACCGCGGCGACGGCCUGACCGGCUGCUACCCGGAGUGCACCAGCCACUCUGAGUGCAGCGCCUCCCAGGCCUGCAUCCAGCUGCGCUGCGGCGACCCGUGCGCCGGCGCGUGUGGCGUGGGCGCCAACUGUCAGCCCCGCAACCACGUGGCCGUGUGCUCGUGUCCGCCCGGCUUCCUCGGCCACCCGUACGACCGGUGCACGCCGCCCAGCUCGUCUACCGCAGCCGUCAACAGCGCUGGGCAGGGGCCCCAGUACGCGUCGCCGUGUGCGGAGAAGGCCGCGCUCGCGGCAGGGUCUUCGGCUGGAGCCUUAGCCCACGGCCACUCAGGCUCAGGCAGCAUGUGCUCUCCGAAUCCGUGCGGAGCGUACGCCGACUGUGCUCCGGGCACCGACAAGACCGGCAAGCCGCGACCCGUCUGCACGUGCCCGCGCGGCUACCUGGGCGACCCGCUGACGGCCUGCCAGCGCGGCGAGUGUGAGGAUCAUUCCAACUGCCCGGCAAACCAGGCGUGCUACAACUACAUCUGCACCAAUCCCUGCUUGAGUGCCAGCGGCGGGAACGUGUGCGGCAUCAACGCCCUCUGCCGGGCCCAGGCGCACAAGGGCGUGUGCUACUGCCCGGCCGAGUACUCUGGCGACCCGCUCACCGAGUGCCGCCUGAAGCCUGUGGCCAGGGGGGGACAUCGCACCAAAAGAUUCAUCGACUUCCUGAUCAAAACACCGGCGCAUUAAUGCGCGUUGAGAUCGGCUCGGCAAUGGGAGGCCGACCAACCUCGGAGCGUGAAGAUGGCCUCCGCAGCCGAGGAUUCCUUCGAUGGGACGCCGCAUUGUUUUGCUUGCACCCUUCCCUGACUGUGUUCCGUUCCUGCUAAGUGUGAAAGACAUACGUUUCCUUAUAGGCGCGAGGUGGCAUCGAUUUUUGGCUGUGUUUUACUUCAUGUUGGAUUAUUGUAAUCGAUUCACGUUUAAACUCCACAGCGUUAUUCCAUCAGUGGUAUUGACAAAUUCGCGUUUCAGCGCGGAUCUGUUAAUCUGUCAAUCAAAGCGCUUCAUACUUGAAAAUGUUUGCCUUUGAAUAACAAUGACCGCAAAAUAUGGACGGAAUAAAGUGUUACGCCGACUAAGGUCGUCCUGCUUGCGAGCUGCUUAAUUGUAUUUCUCAGUGUCUUCUUCGCUAAGACACAUUUUAAGGUAAAUGUCUAGCAUACCCUCGAACUGUUUGCGGUUCCAAUUAGACAUGUCGGGAGUUUCAGGCUUAGAAAAUUCCCUGGGACAUUCCGUGAAUAAAACAAGUAUCUAAAA